CCUGGAUUUCGCCGAAAUCGAAUCGAUAGCUCGAACGGAAGACAAAUCAACGAAAUCAACCGAACGGGUCAAAUCGAGUCAAAAUACAAAAUCGACCAAUCAAUCCGGUGUGGAGGUUAAUCUGCCGGCGAUAUCAACUCGGGGUAGCGGCCGGAUGCGGCGACGGUGACGGACGCCGGCGACAGUGGCGGAGCGGCAACUCGACGGCGAUGAGCAGCGACUGGCGGCGCUGCAAUCGACGGCGGCGGACGACCGACGAAGGCGAAACAGCGGCGUUGCACUCGACGGCGAGGAUGGCCGCUGUGCAAAGGGCGACGGCGGUGCUCGUUUCCGGCGAAGGCGAAGCAGCAGCUGGAAGCUCGGCGACGGCGGCUGGAGGCUCGGCGACGCUGAGCGGCGGCUACUGGCGAAGGAAGCAGCGGCGGCGCUGCAACUCGGCGGCGCUGCAAUCGACGGCGGCGAUGAGCGGCGACGCCGGUGGCUGGCUGCUCCAGUUGGACGGCGACGACCGGCGGCUGGCUCACGGCGGCGCUGCACCAGUCGGCGAUGAUGGCGGCGAGGCUGGGGAAGGGCGACGAAGAAGAAAGAAGAAGAAGGAGAAGAAAGAAGAAGAAAGAAAAACGGACGAAGAUAGGAUAAGGUUUGUGUGGUUUAGGUUUAUUUAAUGGUCCCAUUCCAAAAAGGAUUGGGCUUCGGACCCAAAAUACCUUAUUAAAUGGUCAUAACUUGAGUUCCAUAACUCCGAUUCGCGAGCCGUCUGAACCGACGCGAUCACAAAAAU